GACACUGAACCAAGGUUUCAAGAGGAGUCUGUCCUUCGUGUGAAUCAUCCUGCAGUUCUGAAAAUUAAAAUAAGUCAACUGGAAAAAACCUCAAACCUGCUGUUUCCCUAAUCAGAAGAGAAAGAGGCAGGAAGAGGAGGGUCUGACUUACAUGAUAUUUAUAAUUCAUUGUGACUGACUGAACAUCAGACUGCAACAGCAAGACAACAUGGAGGUUACACCUCUCUGCAUCAGACUGUUGAUGACUAUGUUGUUGCUGCUGGUCGCACAAGUUGACUACAAUUAUUCUCAAAAAGCUGAUGCAUCUUUCCCUCGGGUUGUUCCAAACAGACAGCAGCACUUUGAAUAUGAGUCCAUAGUUGUCAGCUGUGAGGGACUGGAGGGACUGACUGGAUGGAGAGUGAUGAGGAAGAUUCAAGGAGUUACUACAACAUGUUCUUCUACCUGGUCAACAUCGACAGGACCCUGCAAAAUUAAUAAUGCUUUUCCAGCGAUUGACAUUGGAGAAUACUGGUGUGAAAUGGGAGUAAAGAAAAGCAACACUGUCAACAUCACAGUCACUGUUGGCUCUGUGAUCCUGGAGAGUCCUGUCCUUCCUGUGAUGGAGGGGGAAGCUGUGACUCUGAGCUGUAGACAGAAGCAGACGUCCACCAAUCUCACCACUCAAUUCUUUAAAGAUGGUCACCUCAUGGAGAAGAGUUCUACAGGAAUCAUGACCAUCCACAGUGUUUCCAAGUCUUUCGAAGGACUCUACAAGUGCAGAAACUCUGGAGCUGGAGAAUCCCCAGAGAGUUGGCUGGCUGUCAGAGCUGGUUCAGUGAUCCUGGAGAGUCCUGUCCUUCCUGUGAAAGAGGGAAACAACGUGACUAUGACCUGCAGAAAGGAGACGGCUUUUUACCACCUCCCAGCUGAUUUCUACAAAGAUGGCCGCCUCAUCAGGAGCAGCUCUACAGGAGAGAUGACCAUCCACAGUGUUUCCAAGUCUGAUGAAGGACUCUACAAGUGCAGCAUCUCUGGAGCUGGAGAAUCACCAGAGAGCUGGCUGGCUGUCAGAGCACCUCACAGAGAGACCUGUCCCUUCUCGGAUCACUUCAUUUAUGUCCUCCUCAUCUUAAGGACUGUGUUCACCAUAGCGAUGGUGGCUCUGCUGCUGCUGCUGGUGGGACUGCUGCACUCUGGGAAUCUCAGAGUUAAACAUAAAUAACUGAUACUGAUGUGUAAAGGUAGUUUGGAUGUGAACGUAAUGGAGCAGAGAACAUCCCAUCCUCUGAGUCUAGGAAAUCCACCAACUCAGGAAAGAUGCACUUUAAAAAGCAUCACCAAGAUUUAUUUUACAUUUAAUUUCCAUCUGUUUUUAUUUUGACCUUUGUUUAAGUUGGGUUUUAGCGGUCAAACUCUCGUUUACAUGUUCAUAUUUGCAGAGACUUUCUCACACAGAAAAGGUUACAAACCACAGAUGGACCUGAUGCAUGGAGUAUUUUUAAAAGGUGGGCUGUCUGUUUUCUCAGAAUGUGUUGGUCUGUGUUUUAUUUUAGACUGUACAUAUGCUGCUGAUAAUUUGAGCUUCUCAGACUACCACAUGAGAACCUGUAUGUCUGUAGAAGAGGCGUUGAGGAGCCUCUGUAGAAACAACAAACAGCAGUGUAAAAGGUAUACUGCGUCUUGUAUAUUGAGAAGUAUAAGGACAGAAUUGACUCAGUCUGAAUAUUCACAUUUGCUCCUGUUAAACCAUCUACUGUUACUUCCUCACCUGCCUUUUUGUUUAGUUCUCCCAUUUGUUGGUUCUGCAGGAGGGAAAUUGAGGGAGGAUGAGAGAAGAGAAAGUUACAAAAUAAUGUUACAUUAAAAUCAAUUGUGUUUAUACUUUUUUGUAUGUGAUUUCUUCAUCUGAAAACAAGAGAAAUGGAUUCUGGGGUAAACAGGAAGGGUCUCAUUUAUAAAACUGU